GAGUCAGGACAGUCACGUGCUGUGUGGUUCAAUUUCAACACUUCUAGGUAACUGACAAGGUGUAGCUGCUCUGAGGAGAGAAAUUGACUUACAGUGGAUUACUAAUCACGACAUAAACAAAGGUGAAACCCAUCAACCACAGCUCUAACAAGUUUGCCUCGAGUCACUGCCUUCUCUGCCAAUGUGCAGUUUCAGCCAGGAUAAUCUCAAGCUAAUCUCCAGCCAAAAGCCGUGACGAGGAAGAAGACACUGGACUUGUUUAACAAGGUUGUCAUGUCGCUCCUGGAGAAAGAUGUUUGGAGAAAAAUGCUGUAGGACUCAAAUCAUUUGGAGGCAAAAUGUUUCUUCCUGGAUGGUCCAUUUGGUGUGUUUUACUCACUCUACGCAUGUCAGCCUGUGGCUUGGAGAUUUCUGGAUAUGACAGCCAUGAAGUCAUUUGCUUGCAGGGUCUUUCUGAUUGCACCGUAAAGGAUGAGAUGCCUCUUAUUGUACCAGAGGAUAACGGUGUGGGUGUCCAAAACCUGACUCCACGUUUCAACCUCAGCUGCAGCGACGGGGCGCUGUGCGCAUUAUGUCUGGUGAUAGACGCAGAGAUCAACUUCAAUCCAGAUAACGACAAGGAGGAGGAAGGCCCCUCUGGGCAUGAUGAAGAGGAUUAUAGCGAGGAGACAGUGAGAAAACCAAAAGCGUCUGUGACACUGUGUUACAGUGCAGCGUCUACCAUGCCCUCGUGCAAGAAGGUGGAGUUUACGGUUAAUCAUGCCGCUCUUAAUCAGACACACCGAGCAAAGUUUUCCGUGGUGAUCUAUAAGCCAGCUGGGGUUUCCUUCAGCAGUCAUGUGACUGUUUAUUCUUCUAAACCGUCACAUCUAAGUCGACAAGUUGUUGUUCCUUCUCUAGAUGAAGUGUGCUCCCAGGAGCAGCAGGAACGUGUGGAACAGUGUCAUGUGACUGGACUCAGCUAUGUAAUUAAGCAGGAGUUGAAUCAGGUGGAGCUGCAGUUUGCUGGCAGGAAUAAAAGCCUCCCCUCUGUGUGCGUCCAGUACGAGCAGAAUGGAAGAUGUCAGAGAUGGAACAGGACGCUCAUCCCACUGUAUUCUGUGACCCCCUGCAUGUGUCUCCAGGUAUGGAAUGAGGACGAGCAGAGGCGCUCUCUAAGCUGCCCCUUCAUUAACACAGAUUUCCUCCAAAAGAACGUAUGGCACAAUGUGUCAGUGUCUGUGAUAGAGGGUCAAAUGGGCAGCUACCACACAAUGCUGUGGUGGAACCUGUCUGCCCCCUGCAGGCUGGAGGGGGAAGUGUGGCCCUGCCACAAAGAAAACACCUGCAGGGAGAUGAAGGGCUUUAGACAACAGCUGGCAAACGGCACAUGGAGACAAAACAGCAAGGGACAGUGGGAGAAAACAGGGGUGUUUGAAGACAUCAAACUUCAGUAUUCACCAUGUGUGAUGGUGAAAGUCAAGGGAAUGGGAGAUGAGCUGGGUCCAUUCUGUGUUAAAAACACUGGCAGGUGGCGCUGGAGUCUCCUGGUUGUUGGUGUCAUGCUGUUGCUUUGCUUGACUGUGCUUGCAUUUUAUCUCCUUCAUAACUUCGUCAAGAAAUGGGUGUGGAGCUGCCGUCAUGGCGGAUUUGUAAAGAUUGGCAGAAAGGGUCAUGUGGUGUUGCUGAGCCCCCCGGAUGAGGAUUAUCAUGUUUCGGAGUCAGUAUGUGGACUCGGAUCCCAGCUCUGUGACCAGGGCUUCAGUGUGUCUGCAGACCAGUGGAGCAGGAAGGAGCAGUGCACUCUGGGGCCUAUGCCGUGGCUGCACUCCCAGCUGCUGGAGCUGAACAACCGGGGCGGCCGAGUUGUGCUCGUCUUGACCCGCAAAGCCUUGGAGAGAGCAGAGGAAUGGACCCAUCGGAACAAAGAGGUUAUCAAGACAAAGGAGGACGACAAGGGCCUCCCUCAGAUAUGUUCCCCUUACUCUGAUGUCUUCACGGCCUCCUUGAGCGUCAUCCAAGCGGACAAGCAGCUGGGCAGAGCUGGAGAACGUUUUCUUCUGGUGACACUUGACUCCCAUCCAAGCAGUGACAGGAGUCUACCAGAGCUUCUUCAAGGGCUGCUCUUGUUCCAGCUUCCCUCUCAUACCCAGGCUCUCUUGUUUGAGCUCACUGUGGGAAGGACUGUGAGAGGAUCAGGUAGAAGGACACGGACAGGGUGGAAAUGGAGUGCCUCAGAUGGAUGGAGAGCAAAGACUAAAGAGAGACGAGACCAGAAGAAGGCAUCCUACGGUAAAUGUGGUGAAGUUGAGGAGACUUUAUGACAAAGCGUUUGAAGCACCCAAAGAUUGUUGCUGCUCUGUGCAUGAAGGACAAGUUCAUCCAAAUUGUGGAUAACAUAAUCAUAAGAUAAUUCUUUAUUUGUCCCGCAGCGGGGACAUUUACAGGAUUACAGCAGCAUACAGUAUUGUGCAAACAAGAGACAGUAAAAACACAAGUAUUAUA